AUGCGUGCUCCUCCAAAUAAGGUCUCAACUAAGGGUAGGCGAAAAGGCUCUUCGAAAAAGGUCACAGCAAAGAGUAUCAAAGUACCUAGUCAGCGCUCUACAAAACGUCUUGCAUCUCGUUGGGAGCGUAUUGAUGUGCAAUAUCCGGGCUCUUAUGAAGGUAGCAACUCCACACCAAAUACUGUCAUUCCUCCAAAACGAGUGAAGAAUCAAAGCCUCCGCCCAAGCAUGUUGAGACAAAUCCCCGAAGAGUUUCAUCCAUUCAUUGAUUCCUUGGUUCAUGUAGAGGGAGACGGACACUGCGGAUUUAGAUGUGUUGCUGCAAUGUUGGAUAUGGGAGAAGACGAAUGGCCGACUGUUCGUCAGAAUUUGAUCCAGGAACUUGACACUGAGUUUGGCAUGUAUUGUUCAAUAUUUGGGAUAGCUGAGGCAAAUGAGAUACGUUGUGCUUUACAUGUCACUUCAGAUGGGCCAGUAGGAGACGAUAAGUGGAUGACCGUUCCUAAUAUGGCAUACAUUAUAGCCACAACUUAUAAAGUGGUGUUCAUGACCCUUGCUAUUAGUGGAUGUAGCAUUUUCUUCCCGUUGAGAGGAAGUCCUGACCCACCGGCACUCCACAAACGCAUGGCAGUUGCAUUUGUUAACACAAAUCACUUUAUUGGGGUUGUUCUUCGUGAUGGGCACCCAAUGCCGCUCACUGCUCACAUGUGGACAUAUAACCGCAGGGUUGAGGCCCAGACAUGGGUUGAUCCAUAUUCUGCUCGAAUUGCCGCUUAUAGUGCAUAUCUUACCGCUAAACAUGGUGGUGGUGAUCCCUCAGUAGUCGACCUUAGUGAGGAAUAA